CCAGCAAAACGUCUUUGGCCACUCCCCUGUACAACAAUGCCCUACUUGUGAGCAGAGCCAAUAGCUGUGCAUCUGUACAGAGGCAUUGCUUUACAUAGGGGGUGCCGUUUUGAACACAGUUUAGAUUGGAUUCUUAAACCUGACAUGCAUAUCAACAUACAUGAUGUUUGUGUACUUUGUUUUAUCUAUAAAUGAUGGCUAUAUGCACAAGUUGUGUAUAGCGUGUGUAUAAAACAUGAAUUGCACAAACGUGUAUUUAUUUAUUUAUUUGAAGUGCAGAUGUUUUAUUAAUCUUAGUGGUAAAGAUAUAAAUUUUUGGUUUGUAAUUAAAUAGGUUGUUUAGCUUUUUGCUGAUUUCCCCUGGUCUUCGCAUGGGCAGUGUGCAGUAGAGGGAGAGUGUGCAUGAAGGGAGUGUGUGUGUGUUAUAGUGUGUUCGUUAUGCAAGGCUGUGAGAGUGUGUGCUGCGUAGAAUUGAUCAGUGCAGAUUGAUAAUUGUGACAUGUGUUUGAGCAUCUAUGAAAACCCACAAGGGACCGAUUCCCAAGCAGGUUAAUCCUACUCUUAGACCGAUAAGUGUUAUAACUGCAGAAUUUCCAUUGAAAUGAAGCUUUUAAGUCCAGAAUAGGUUUCAUCAUUAUUGGGAUACGGGCCCAAGAAAGAAAGGCUUCCUUGUCCACAAUCUAAGCAUUGCACUCCUUCCCCUAAUCUUUCCUCAUCAAGAUGUUAUUCUCCAACUCUUUUUUGUCAACAUUCACAGAAAGAUUUAUUUUUGUUUCAAUACUUUUUUGUGAAGUCUCCUAAUUGAAGCAUUGUUCGGUUUAGUUCCUCAAUUCUGUGUAGUGUAGUGCCAAAACUGCAGUCAAAAUCUUUUUUUUUUUUAUUUUCUUUUUAGAUUUAAUGUUUGCUUAUUUAAUGAAGAAAAUAAAUGGAUUGUUUGUAACAAAUAUUUAAAGUCGGUGUAUUUGUUCUGAUUGGUUUUGGACUGACUCCUAUACCAAGGGUUUCCAUACCAGUUUGACCCUGUGGUUUGUCUUCAUUCCUGGUUAUAACUGGCCUGAAUGCAUAGAGGUGAUUGGAUGGGACAUAACUGGGAGAAAAGCCUGUUUUACCUUGAACAUUACUAAUGGCUGAAUUCUCCUGAUGACUUGAUCGGUCUUAGGUUUGAGCAUCUGACCCGUAACAGAAUGUUUUCUUUGAAUUCAUGGACAGACUGCCCUUGAGCAAGACCACCUAUUACUUAAUCAGCUUGCUCAGCUUGGGAACCUUUGGUAAAAUUACUAUCAUGGAAAAGAGCCAGAAGCAACUGGUACAAUAAAUAGAUAUAAGGCCCUGGUCUAAAUCCCAGAUUGCUCCUUCGUUUGUGCUUUCAAGUAUUUGACCAUUUGCACUUGUCAGAGUGCUGACAAAUCGACACCUCUAGUGGUCACUUCCUGCCGUUCAAAACGAUGCCGACGUCAUGGGCAGUGUAGAAUCCCACAAGGUAUCUCAUUCUUUUUCUAAUUUUGACAAAUAUAACAACAUAGGGGAAAGGUGUGUUCCUAAUUAUAUGGUCCAAUCCGAUGUUGAUCUCCAAGCAUCACACCCUAUUAAUUUGAAGAAACCGAGGAGAAUUUGACAGGUGUACACAUUACCCUAAUAGCUCUACUUUGCCCAUUUGAAAGGUGUAAUAUUUGCCAUGUUACUUAUUCCAAUAAAAUUCUCAACUCUCCACACGUCCAUAGGGUGUAGUAUUUCAGUGGCAAUUUGGGAUUGGACCAUGUAAUAUAUCCUCCAUUAUUUUGGUGUCAAAUUGAGACCUGGAACACCAGGUUUAUAUAAUUAACUUAUGGGUAGAAUGAAAAGUGUUUUUGCUCUAGACCGUUUCUCUUUGGGGGUAAAUUUGCUAUUGAGCUUUAGAAGUGUUCUGAUGUAAAAAAUGUAAUGUCUACUAAAUUAAAUCUUUUGUGAUUCAUGUGGUGAGAUUAUAAGGUUUACAUAUUUUUAAACAACACGGGUGGGAUAUAUUUUGAACUUGAUUAUGCUUUUAUUAAAAGCGAAAAUAUAUUAAAUCAACUCGCGAAGUUGAUUUGAUUUGUUGACGCCCCCUCACCUCAGUCGUCCCAAGCCACACCUUCGCCCCUACGGCGAGCAAGGUGGUAGAAGCGAGGGCGUGGUUUGUGAUUAUUGGCUGGCCAGUUCCAUUAGUUGACUCAUCUUGCGAAGUACAGUGGAAAUUAUUCAAACAGUAUGCAGCAUUCUGACUGGCUUUGCCGUACCAGGUCCAACGACCUUGAUAUUAUUCGGUCUCAAUGGAAAGGUGAAAGUCAACGUUAAUAUAGCCUAGUAAAUGACCCAAGAAUCGAAACCCACUGCUCACAAAGGUCUUUAUAAGGUCAAGUUUAGGGUAAACGUUAGACCAUUGGGUCACAACAGUAUGUAACAGCAGAAGCCCAUCAGCUCUCCACACGCACGCGCCGCUCCUACGUAGACACACAUCUCCCACGUAUUGUCGAUGUACUGCGCGCGGUCGUCGUCUUCUGGAUAAUAAAAUGGAUACAUCGACAAAAAUGCUGUUUUUAUAUGAUAUAUACUGUGAAUAAAAUGCGUGUGGUUAUGGAGGCGGACGAAAUCUGGUCUCUUUCCCAUGACCAACGGCACCAGGGCAAUAGAGACUGCAGCCACCGCUUUCCUGUCCCUGUUCAGUGAAAUGAUGUGAAUACCUGCAAGGCUGAUCUCCAGUCCUCACCAAACGCAAUGGAGGAACUCCACUGAGACCCCCUUAUAGUCCAGGACUAGGCUGAAUCUGUGUCUAUGGGGGAGACCGGCCCCAUGUGUACCAUGAAUGUGACUGGUCUGCCGUCUGCCCUGGUGGACGGGGUUCACCACCACCACGCCUACAACGGCAGCGGCCUCGGCCCCAGGUCGGCCUCCUCUUCUUCCCCGGGCUGGGCCCUGAUCCACACAGCAACCCUGACAUCCUGCUCCCUUCUCCUUGUCCUCAUCUUCUGCCUGGGUUCCUAUGGCAAUCUGGUGGUGUUCCUGUCCUUCUUUGACCCCGCCUUCCGCAAGUUUCGGACCAACUUUGACUUCAUGAUCCUGAACUUAUCGUUCUGUGACAUGAUUAUAUGCUGCGUGACGGCACCGAUGUUUGCGUUGGUACUUUUCUUGGACUCUGGAGGAGGCGGUGUGUCCAACACAUUUUGCUUCACCUUCCACCUGACCAGCUCGGCCUUCAUCAUCAUGUCCCUGGAGACGGUGGCCGUGAUCGCCCUCCAUCGGCUGCGCAUGGUCCUGGGCCAGCAGCCCAAUCGCACGGCCUCGCUCCCCUGCACCCUGGCCCUCACCGCCCUCCUCUGGACCUCCAGCUUCACCGUGGCCGCCCUGCUCACCCUGCGGGCCUACCCCACCAAGGAGGGGCCGUGCCUGCCCCACUUGGGGCUCACCGGCGGGCGCGCCAGGGUCGUCCUGUACGUGUACAUGGCUGACUUUGCCUUUUGUGUGGCGGUGGUGUCUGUGUGCUACCUGAUGAUCGCUCAGACGCUGAGGAAGAACGCACAGGUUCGGAAGUGCCCCAUCAUCACUGUAGACGCCACGCGCCCACCGAUACCUCCGCCGCUCAUCGCUGCCGGCUUAGAGGGCAUGCAGUGUGCCGUCCAGGUGCCCUCCCUCUACCGCAACCAGGCCUACAACAAGCUGCAACACAUCCAGACCCACUCCUACGCCCACAGGCCCCCCGGCCAGGUCCCCGGGGCUGCCCAGGGGGCCACCUGCUGCCAGCUGGUGUCCAGCGUGAACCUGGCCACGGUGAAGGACUCCAAGGCCGUGGUGACCUGCGUGGUGAUCGUGUCCUCGGUACUCCUCUGUUGCGUCCCGAUGGGCGUGUCCCUGGCCCAGGACGCCCUCUCCCCGGAGAGCAGCUACGCCCACCACCAGUUCGAGCUGUGCGGCUUCGCGCUCAUCUUCCUCAAGUCGUGCAUCAACCCGUUCGUGUACUCGCGCAACAGCGCCGGGCUCCGCCGCCGCGUCCUCUGCUGCCUCCAGUGGGCGGCGCUGGCGUUCCUCUGCUGCAAACACAAGACGCGGCUGCACGCCAUGGGCAAGGGCAGCCUGGAGGUCAACCGUAACAAGUCCUCGCAUCACGAGACCAACUCGGCCUACGUGCUCUCGCCCAAGCCCCAAAGGAGACUGGUGGAUCAGGCCUGUGGGCCCAGUCACUCCCGGGAAUGUGCCCCGAGUCCCAGAAUCACGGGCGGGCACGGCGGACGGAGACCCCGGCCCCCCAGCACCUCCACCCCGAUCAACACCCGUAUAGAACCCUACUACAGUAUCUACAACAGCAGCCCGUCCGCGGGCCCCAGCUCCCCGACCAACAGUCUGCAACCUGCCAACUCCUCCUCCUCCCAGGCUUUUGGGUUCGCCAAGUCCUACGUCGCCAUGCACUAUCACACCCACCAGGGGGCGGCGCAGGACGCAGAGAGCACCUCGGCCCACAAGAUACCCACACCGUCUGUGUAGGUACCCGCCCUGUUUGAGACGUGUUUGACUGAUGAGAAAAAAAACUGUACUGCGAGAGUAGCCAGAAACCGGACAGAGGCUAGGACGAAGAGGUCCACCGUUCACUGCUGACAUCUAUGACAUCACCAUUACCGCAAGACAGGAGAGAGUGGACUAGAUGGACUCUUCUCUGGGAGGAAGUGGUCCAAAGAUCUCCUUGUCCAGAUGGAAACAAGCCAGUUUUAGCGAUGUUAACUUGAUACUACUGAUCAGUGUUACUGAUGUGAUUCAAUUGACUGGAAUCUAUUUUUGCACUGACAUGAUAACAUUUUUCAUAUUGUACAAUUGACAUGGUCUUUCCCUUCAUAAUACUGUAUUUGUGAGUCCCAUACAUUUUCUAUGAUACCAAUAAAUGUUUUGCAAUGUCCAGUGAGCUCCUGGCAACGAAAACCUAA